AUGACAGAUAAAUUUAAGGCAGAACGAGACAAUAUUCAAGUUUCUAUUAGAAUAAAGUAAGAAUCCUUUUAUUAAUUAACCAAGACCUUUAAUAGAAGAUGGAAGAUCAUGUAUUAAGUUAGAUUCCAAUUUAAAAAAUACUAUUAUUAUUGAGGGCAAUCAAUAAUAACAACAAGACUAGAAAUAUUUUUAUUUUGAUUAUGUAGCUUAACAAGACUCAACCUAAGAAGACAUAUUUAAUAUAGUAGGAAAAUAAUAAGCGAUUAAUUGUUUAGAUGGUUAUAAUGGGUGUGUGUUUGUAUAUGGUUAAACUGGAAGUGGUAAAACAUAUACAAUGAUGGGUACAUAGAAGUAACCAGGCUUAUUACCAAGAGUAAUCGAUUUUCUUUUUAAUUGCAUUUUGGAGGAUUCAUCAGAAAAUGUAGAAUAUUUAGUCAAAUGCAGUUAUUUAGAAAUCUAUAAUGAACAUAUAAUAGAUCUUUUGAAUCCUUAAUUAGGAAACUUAUAAUUAAGAGAAGAUCUCAAAAAAGGAGUAUAUGUAGAACAAUUAAGUGAAGAAGUAUGUACAAAUGUAAAUGAAUCAUUGGAAGUUCUUUAAAGAGGAAGUCUUAAUAGACAUAUAUCAUCGACAUAAAUGAAUAUAGAAUCAUCAAGAUCACAUAGUGUAUUUACCAUAUAACUUGAAUCUAGAAGAUAAUCAUCUUAAACUUAAGUUAUCAAUCAUAGAUUUUCAAGAUUUCAUUUUGUAGAUUUAGCUGGUAGUGAAAGAUAGAAAUAAUCUUAAGUUUAAGGAGAAAGAUUGAGAGAAGGUUGUAAUAUAAAUAAAAGUUUGCAUAUAUUGGGUAAUGUAAUAAAUUCUCUUGUUGAAGACAAUUAAUCUUAUGUACAUUAUAGAGAUUCUAAAUUAACAUUUUUACUUAAAGAUUCUUUGGGAGGUAAUUCAAGAACACAUUUAAUAGCCAAUAUUUAAUAAUCAUAAUAAUUUUAUUAAGAAACUUUAUCAACUCUUAUGUUUUCUAAAAGAGUUAAAUAAGUAAAAAAUAAAGCAAGAAUUAAUGAGGAUGAAAGUGGUAAUUUAGAGAGUUUGAAAAAUGAAAUCAAAAGACUUAAAUAAGAACUUGCUAAAAGUGUUACUUAAUAAUAAAAAUGGGAAUCACCUAAGAAAUUUGAAUAAAAUUAAUAAUAAUCUUAAAUUAAUGAAUAAUGUAUUCAAUUUUAUUUAAUUAUUUAGUUUUAUAAUCAUUAGAAUUGGAAAGCUUAAUGAUUAAUGAUUAAAAAUACAUUAAAUUAGAAGAAAUUUUAAAAUGUUAUUUAGAAUAAUCAACAGAAAGUGAAACUGCAUUAUUUUUAGAAAUUGAAAAAUAUUUGAAUGGAAUUAAAUAAUUAAAAGAAGGCUUUUAAUUAGGAUAAUAAUUAGAGUAACAAUUAAAAUUUGUAAUAAAAUUAUAAAAUGAAUAAAUAUAAAAAUUAAAAUUAAAUCAAUCAGCAGAUGAAAUACAAUAAUAAAUUUAAUAAUAAUUAGCAUAUGCCUUAUAAUGCUAAGGUUUAGUAAUGAAAACAUUUUAUGAAAAUUUAACUUUAAAAGAAUAACAAGGAGCUACAUAAACAGUAUCAAAAGUAUAAGUACAAGUUGAUACAAAUCUAAAUUUAUUAAAAGAAAUAGUUGAAACUGUUUAAGUAUAUAUUAUAUUUAAUUUUAUAGAAUUCUUUAAAUGAAAGAAGAUAAUUUCAAUAAUAAAUAGAUAUUUAAUUUAAUUCAUAAUAUGUAACUUUAGAUAAAUUUAAAGAAUUAGAAAUAUAAUCAGAAUAUAAAGAGAAAUUGUUAUCAGAAUAAACAUAAAAAUUAGUUUAAAUGGAAGAUUAAAUAAAAGAGAUUGAAAAAUCAAUAUUUUAAAAAUUAGCAGAUAAUGGUAUAACAUUUAAUGAAAAUGAUUAAAUAAUUGAUAUUAGAGAUAAACAAAUUUUAGAUUUAAAAAGUAGAAUUAGUGAUCUUAAUUAAGAACUUAAAAAUUCAAAUUAAGAAUUAGAAGAAUUAUUAAAUAACUCUGAGUAGGUUAUUUAAUAAUUAAAGAUUGAAAAUCAAUAAAUUGAGGCUUAAAAAUAGGAAAUAUAAAUCAAUUUUUAAUAAUAAUAAACAAAUAUUUCAUAGUUCUAAGAUAAUUUUUCAUAAUAAAUUGCUUAAUUUGAAUAAUAAAUAAUUUAAUUGAAAGAUUAAAAUUAAUUAUAAGCUAAUAACUAUGAAUAACUUAAUUAAUAAAAUCAAGAAUUUACAUAAUAAAUUUUAAAUGAAAAAAAUACAAAUAAUUAACUUGCUUAAGAAUUAGCAUAAAAUGAAGAAAAACUAAAUUAAAUUAAUAAAACCAUUGUUGAAAAUAAUAUUACAAUUUAAGAAUUAAAAUAAUAACUAUCUUAUUAUGAAAAUAAUAUUACUUAAUUGAAAAAUGAUUUGAGUGAUUAAAAAACUAAAUUUGAAUAAAAUCAAAUAUUGGUUUAAGAAUUAGAGUUUGAAAAUGAAAAUCUAAAAUAAACAUGUUCAAAAUAUUAAAAUGAAUUAGUGAUAGUUUAAGACUAAUUAAAAUUAUCUGUAUCUAAAUUGGAAAGUUCAGAAUAGGAAUUGUUUACUUAAUUAUAAUAAGUAUAAAAAGAUAACUAAUUGUUACAAUAUGAAAAUACAAUAUUAUCCAAGACUAAAAAUGAAAUAUAAUAAGAAAGAGAUUCUUUGGUUUAAGAAUUAAAUUAAAAAACUUAAGAGCUUUUAAAUACUUAAUCAUAAUUUUAAUAAACAUAGUAGAAUUAUUAAGAAGAUAUUAUGGUAUUAUAAUAAAGUUAUUAAAUUUAAAAUUCAGACUUGGAGAAGAAUUAUUAAGAUUAAAUGAAAUAAUAAAAAAAAGAUUUUGAAUUAUUGUUAUCUCAAUUAAGUGCAAAAAAAGAUUGUGAUUUAAGUAUAUUAAAUCAAGAAGUACUAUAUAAUAUAAAACUUUUUAGAUUCAUUCAUUGAAUUGUAUUAUCAAAGAAAAAGAAAAUAAUAUUUCUGAAAUAUUAUCUUAAUAAGAAUUUUAAGUUAAUGUAAUUUAUUGUAUAAAAUAUAUAGAUUUUAAAUUAAAAAUUACAAAAUGAAACAUAAAGGGCUUCCCAUUUAGAGAGCAUAAUUGAAACAUAGAAAUUAGAGUUUGAAGAUAUUCAAAAAGAGUAGAUGUCCAGUUUAGACUUAUUGUAAAAGCAAUUAGAAAGUAAGCAGGCUGUAAUUCAAGAAACAUCGGAUCAUUAUAACCAAGUUCAUGAACUCUACAUCUCUUUGUAAGCUAGGAUGGAACAAAAAGACUAAGUUAAUUCCGAAUUGAAAAGAGAUAUGUUGUAGCAUAAGUCCAAAUUAGAGAGCUAAUCAAAAGAAAUACAAUAGUUAUAAUAAAAAUUAGUUUCAAUAGAAAAUGAUAAUUAAUAAAGCAGAAAUACAAUGGAAAUUUAAUAAUAAGGUAAAUUGUAAGAUAUGACAUAAAAAUUAUAAAUUAAGAUAAGAACAAUAGAAUAAUUAAUUAAUGAAAAAACUGCCUUAAAUGAUAAAAUUAAGGAAAUUGAAUGUGAAUCAAAUAAGUUUAAAUAAACUAUAAUUCAAUUAGAAGAAUAAUGUAAUGAAUAGUAAAAUAAAAUUAAUUAAUUUGAAUGUCAAAUUUAAUGUUUGACUGAUACUAUAAAUGAAAAGGAAUCAGAAUUAGAAUUUUUAUAAUAAGAAUUUAAUAAAUAAAAUCAGAUUCUUGAUAAAAGUUCUGAGAUUUGGAAAAAAGAAACAAAUUAAAUGGAAAUAGAUAAUAAUAUAUUAAAAAUUUAAAUUAGUGAUAAAUAAAAAGAUAUUCUUAAACUUGAAUAAAGAUUAAAUGUAAGUUUAAAUGAUUUACAAUAAAAAGAAUAAUAAAUAGAUUAAUUAAAAUUAUAAUUAAAUCAUCUUAAUACUAAUUUAUAAUAAUAAUUAGAAUUAACAUCUAAAGAUAAUUUAUUAUUGAAAAAAGAGAUAUAAUAAUUAAAUUAACAUAUUGAUUCAUAACAUGAAGAAAUAGAUUAAAUGAGAGUAGAAUUAGAUUAAAAAUAAUCUCAAGUUGAUGAAAAUAAAUAAACUGUUAAGAAAUUAACUAAAUAAUUAGAAUUAGAAAUUAAGUAAUAUUCACUUCAUCUAAAAAAGUAUGAAGAUUAACAUAAAAAAGAAGUUUAAGAAUUAGUAGAUUAAUUGGAUAUUCAUUAAAAGUAAUUAUAAUAAAAAGAUUAAUAAAUUGAAUAGUUAAAUAAAUAAGUUAAUGGAUUAUAAUGUGCAUUUGAAACAAAAGAAGAUUUAAAUUAAUAAACUCAAAAAGAUAUUUAAUAGUUAAAGGAUAAAUUAAAGUCUGAUUAAAACAAAUUUACUGUAUAAUUUAUAAUUUAUAUAAUUAGAAAAUAAUUUAAGGACUUGAAAAUGCUAAUAUUCAAUUGAAAAAUUAAUUAGAAGAAAGUAAUCAUUAAAUUUAAGAAAAUAUUAAUAAAUAUCAAUCAACCCAAAAAUAAAAUGAUAUAUAAAACAUCUAAUUUAGUGAAUAAUAAGAUAAAUAUAAUCUCUUAAAAGAUCAUUUUACUAGACUUGAAUCUUAAAUGAAAUAAGAAUCUUAAAUAAGAGAAUAAUAUAGUCAUAUUGCAGAAAAAGUUACAAAAGAAAACAAUGAAUUAAAAUAGAAAAUUGAUAAAAAAUAAUAAGUAAAAUUUUAAAAUUUAUUAAAGAUUAUUAUACAAUUAGAAUAAGCUCUCUUAUAAAAUGAAGAUACAUUAAAAAAUGUUCAUGAUAGAGCAAAAGAGUUUUGUAAAUAAUAAGAAAAGGAAAUUAAUGAUAUUAAGGAUUAAUAUUUAAAAUUAGAAGCUGAACAUAAUGCAAUAUUAGUAAUUUUUAUAUUUAUUUAUAUAGUCAUAAAAUUAAGAAAGAGAAGAUGAAAAUGAAUAAAUGAAAGAUCAAAAAGAACAAGCAUUAAUGUAAAUGCAUGCUUUAGAAGAUGAAAAUAGUAAAUUGAAAAAAGAAUUACAAGAUUAACAUGAAAAACUAACCAAAUCUAAUAAUGAAAGAUCUAUGCUCUAUAAAUAAAUAGAAGAAAUGCAAAAAGAUAUUGCAUAACUUGGAGGUCAUAAUAAUCCAUCAUAAAAAAUAAGAUACUUAAAUACAAUAAAAUAAGAAAAUUCUUGUUUAAAAUAAGAAAAAUUAUAUCUAUCAGAAUAAUUAUAAAAGGAAAUUGAAGAAAAAAAUAAAUUAUUAUAAUAAUAAUAAUAAACUAGAAAAAAUACUGAUUCAGAUAAUUAAUAUAAUACAUCUAAAUUAGAUAUGGUAAUUAUAUUUUUAGAUUAUUAUAGUAAAAAUUAAUAGUAGAAAAUUAAAGACUUAAUAAUGAAAUGACUAAACUAAAUUAAAUUUUAAAUUUAAGUGGAGUAAAAAACAGAUUUUCAACUAUUAAAGGUAGUGAUGGAGAUAAGAUUAUAUAAUCUGUAUAAUUACUUAUUUAGGAGUUAAUUGUAAAACUAAUUCAUAAUUUUUAGGAUUGUAAAUAAGAAAUUUAACAGAGGAAUAAAGAUUAAGAAGGAAAAAAUCUUAAAUAUUAAACUAUGGAAAAAGAUUUAUUAGUUAUGAAAUAAAAAUUCUAUGCUGUUUAAAAAGAUAAUCCUUAAAUAUAAACUAAAGCAUAAAGUCCUGCUGUAUAACAUGAUGUAUUAAGAGAUAACAAUAGAAUUAAUAUAAAUUCUGGUAGUGUUUAAAGAUAAUCUAAACCAAAAGCUCAAUAGACUUUCCAAUUUUAGUGA